AUGGUGAACAUGAAGCGCUCGCGUGAAGCCAAAAGACCAGCUAGCGAACACACUGAACACUUCCAACGCCUGAGGAGACGCAGACUGAGCACACGACAUAGAGAUUUACCAAAUAACCCGUCUGAGACAAUCCACGGCCAGCUAGGUCGAAAGUCCCUAGAAGAUAUGUUGUCGCAGCAGGUAGAUUCCGGUCCACGGAGAAGACGAGUAUCCGCCCCCGAAGGAAUCCAUCGCACGCCUCAUGAAAAGAAACCCAACUGCACCGAUGCUAAGACAACGCCAAAAACAGCCAAGGUGCCCGUGCUAGAGAAAUCAGAAGCGGAAUAUUGUGCGAGUGAUGCCAUUCCUCCUAUUCGAGCCAUUCCGUGGGAUUUGCCAGAACAAAAGGACACAAGUAAUAUUUCAACAGCCACCUAUGAGCCGGCGUAUAUACUGCGGCAAAACGCUGAGUAUUUUGACGCUGAUAAAGAUGGAAUUAUCUGGCCAGGGGAUACGUAUAGGGGCUAUAGGAAGUUAGGAUGGGGAAUUACGUACUCAUGCUUGGUUGCGGCUAUGCUCCAUUCGAUUCUCUCAUAUCCUACUGGGGACAAUUAUGUCCCUGACCUGCUGCUCCGAAUUCGCCACGACAGUAAUAGCCACGGAAAACACAGUAUUGGCAACGCCUCUUACGAUGAAAAGGGGCAGGCCAGGGGUAAUCAAGCUUGCGAGAACAUCUUGGCCAAAUACGACAAGAGCAACAAAGGGGGUAUGGAUAUCUGGGACAUCCUACGUUUCUGGAAAGACCAGAGGUCCGUGUCUAACUUCCACGACCGGAGCCUCACUACCAUAGAAUGGCUGGCCCUAUACCUUGCACUUCGACACCAUAACGGUAUCGUAAGCAGCGAAGACAUCUGCACGGCCUUCGACGGCAGCGUCCUAUUCAAACGAUCCGAGGAGCGACAGCGGAAAAAUGAGACGCGUCAUAAACAUGCCGGAAGCGCCACAAGAAACGGGGAUAUAAGUACAAGUAACAUAAAAUUUGAUCCACUGAAGCUUGCCGUGGUAACUGUCGUUGGGCUGGCCAUUCUCCUGUGGAUUUUACCGGGUUUAUACCGCGACCCUUCCGGCUGGGAAAAAUACUGGUCGAAGAAGGAAGACACUUCUCAAGGGGAAGAUUGGACGAAACAGGAGUUUGUGAAUAAUUGGUAAGGUGUACUCUUUAUCCGGGCCGCCAUAUCCCGGGAUCAACUGGACACCGAGGAUAAAGAGUUUCUAUAUAUUCAAUAACUUGAUCUCGAAAAGUUCAUAGUUCCUCCUUAUUUAAGAAGCUAGUUUCCCUGUCUUUACUCGUAUUCUUACACGCGCUGAAUAAAAGACAUAGGGGCAAGAAGAGGUUGAGGUAAAGCUAACUUGAUAGUCUCUUAGACGACCAGUAAUAGUCAGUUUUACAUUGGCGUAAGCGGAAAGUCUGAAUUUUAUCAUCCAUAAUUGGGGGAUUUAUUCAUAUCUAAGGGAUUCCAUCAUCCUAAUCAUAGUAUCAGGCAGAUACUCUCUCACCUGCCUAUCUGGACAAGACGUAUUGCAUGAAACAAAGCAUACACAAAAGGAUGUGCGAGCAUGCAAAGGGUAUGGGGU